AUGUUGCUCCCAAGGAUACGGGCUCUGCCCACGGGCUCUUCGCCAGCCAUUGCCACCAUCGAGACCGCUCUGUCGGCUCUGCGCCUCUCGUCGCAAGCAGUCACAAACACCACCAGCAUUGCCGUACGCCAUGCCUCGCACAAGGCCCAGGGAGCCGCCAACUCUGCAAAGGACGGCGCAGGAAAGAGAUUGGGUGCUAAANAGAGUGGAGAACAAUACGUGAUCCCGGGCAACAUCAUCUUCCGCCAACGCGGCACCAAAUGGUUCCCUGGCGACAACUGCGCCAUGGGCCGCGACCACACCAUCUACGCCACCCAACCCGGCUACGUCAAAUACUACAAGGAUCCGCUCAAGCAUCCCAAGCGCCAAUACAUUGGAGUGGUGUUUGAGCGCGCCCAAGUGCUGCCGCAACCACCCCAUGCAGUGCGCAGACGGCGCUUGGGCAUGUUGGCCUACCAGAUGGAGGGCCCACACCUCGAAUCUUCACUGCAAGGCGACCUCGUCACCGGCCCCGAGACUGGACUUUCUGGAAACGCGGGCAUGGGCGCAGCUUCUGCGUCAACCAUCCGCGAGCAACCCAAGGAAAACAAAGCAAAGGUGGUGGUCAAGGACAAGAGGACUGGUGAGGUAGUCAGGGCGACUCCGACAUUGAGACCUGGAUACCAGUACCGUGCUGCAAACUGGGAAAUUGGAAGGGCUGCCGAGAGGGCUGGCAUCAGGGUCACGCCGUUCAAGCCCGGCAACAGAUUCUUGGCUUGGAGGAAGGCUGCCGUGAGGAAGGCGAAGAAUGCCGAGAGGAGGGGUCUGACCAGAAGACGUUGA